CAGUCGCCGAUCGGUGCGCUCCACAUAUGGUUCUCCUCCGGCACAUCUCCAUCGCCCUGACCGCCGCCGUGGCUGCCCUGGGCUCCGCUCUCUUCAUCGCCUUGAACUACUUCUACAGGAGGCGAAUAUGGUCACCACAGGCGGAAUACUGCACGAUCAAGGAGGAGGAGGAGGAGCGAGGAAAGCGCCAGGUCCUGGUCCUCGGUCUGGACGGCGCCGGGAAGAGCAGCAUGUUGCAGGGUCUGACCCCCGGGGAGCCGGCGGCCAAAAGGGGCCGCUGCCGACCCACCCGCGGCUUCAACUUCAUGAGCCUGAACGCCCCCGCCUGUCAGCUGGACUUCCUGGAGAUUGGCGGCGGCGAGGACCUGCGGCGCUACUGGUCCGACUACAUGAGGAGGACUCACGUUCUGGUGUAUGUGGUAGACUCCGCUGACAGGAGCCGCCUCCCAAUGGCGAAGGAUGAACUGCACCGCCUCCUGAGGGUGGGGCCGCAGAUGCCCGUGGUCAUCCUAGGAAACAAGCAGGAUAAACCCAAUGCUGUCAGUGUGUCGGAGCUACAUGACGCCUUGUCUCUGGGCUCUGUGACCGAGGACAGGAAGAUGUUCCUCUUGGCCGCCCAGCUGGGUUCGGAUGGAGCCCUGAGGAACUCCCACCAGGGCCUGGACAACAUCCAGGACCUCCUGCUCCAGCUCGUCUGAUUUCAGCCCCCCCCCACCCCCCCACAGGGAAGAGGAGGAGGAGAUGGAGGCACGGAAACAAAGGGAUGGCUUAAGGACAUCCUCCUCUUCCUCCUCCUCCUCUUCCUUAUAUAAGCUCUGGCUUAUUUGAGGCAGAGGAGGAGGAGGAGGUGAUAAAGGCCUUCGAGACAGAGGCAGAGGGUUUUUUUCUUACUGAAGAAGAUGAGAUUGAGAAGAUGGCAAGAUGCCUUCCAGUACCUCCUCCUUUUCCUCCUUGUUCUUUUCAAACUACGUCAUCUCUUCCUCCUCCUUCAGUACACUUUUCCUCCAACUCGUCUCGUCACCCUCGCCGGAGAAGAGGAGGUGCCGAGUGAGGAGGACGAGGGUUUAUUCACACACCUGUGACUCAGAACCACAGAGUUCGCCUCCUGCCGACGACUCAGACUUCGAACUAGUCUUAAUGUCAACCUGUUACAGGUUUAUUUAAGCAUGUAGAUUACACUGUAUAGAAGAUGCUAACUGAAAUAUUGUAGACGCAUACACAGAUUUUCUUUGGUUUGCUGUUUUCCGAGAGUCAGCAGAGCAGAACAGGCAACACUCAGCGUUGCCAGGUUGGAGGCCCCCGGGGACCGACACUGCACCAGCUCCGUGAAUUUCAGCGAUUCGGUUUAAUAGAUACUCGCCGACCUCUGCACGGAGGCUUUUCUGAGAUCUAGGGGAAUUUUGUGAGGGGGAUUUAAAGGGACUCCCCCUGACAUUUUAAAAAGCAGAGUUAUUUCUCCUCUCACAACUCUUGUCAGGUUUCUACACUUCUGUGACUUUCUUCACGACAGCUUGAGAGCAUUUUAAGUUUCAGUGUCUGAAACCACAACCUCUCUGUGUGUAUAGUUUCUGGAUCAAGUCAGUCCAGACUGUUUUCAUCGUGACAUUUAACAUGUAGUCCGAACAACAAGGAAACCGUCCCUGAAUCACUUGCUAAAGCUCCUAAGGCCAUGUAUCACACGGCACGAAUGAAGCCGAAGAUGUACACAACAAACCCUUGAUGUGCAUCCACUGGGUAGCAGAUGUGUAGUCCCUAAAGGAUGAGGUCGGUGUUAUUCUGUUUUUCUUCUCAUCAGCAAAUCCCACAAAAAGACCAAAACCAAAAAAACAACUG